AUUUAUCAUUAUACGCAUAAACAUAUUUUAUCUUUGUUAUUUAAAUUACUUAUGGAGUUUGUAAUCACUCAUCCUUGAUUUAAAAUCGUUAGAAUCGUUCAAACUUGCGAAUAAAAACUUGCAUGCUAUGAGAAAUUAAAAUGAAACAUGCGUUUGCUAAUAUUUCGUGAAAGGGACUGCUAAAGGAUGUUUGUUACUUCUAAUGCGAACCGUUUGAUUACACGCACACAUACACACACACACACACACACACACACACACACAUACACACCUAUACAGGAUUAACGCGCUCGGCAUGGCUGCCCCAGCCGCCUGCACGCGGUUUAGUGACAACUAUGAUCUCAAGGAGGAACUCGGCAAAGGCGCCUUCUCCGUGGUACGCCGAUGCGUCCAAAAGAGUUCCGGUCUCGAGUUUGCGGCGAAAAUCAUAAAUACGAAGAAACUCUCGGCCAGAGAUUUCCAGAAACUCGAGCGCGAAGCACGGAUAUGUAGGAAAUUGCAGCAUCCAAAUAUCGUGAGACUACACGAUAGCAUACAAGAGGAGAACUAUCACUAUCUUGUCUUUGACUUAGUCACCGGCGGAGAGCUUUUCGAGGACAUCGUUGCGAGAGAAUUUUACAGCGAGGCGGAUGCCUCCCAUUGUAUUCAACAAAUCUUGGAAAGCGUCCACCACUGCCACUAUAACGGAGUUGUGCAUAGGGACUUGAAACCAGAAAAUUUACUUCUCGCAAGUAAAGCAAAAGGUGCGGCUGUGAAAUUAGCAGAUUUUGGAUUGGCGAUCGAGGUGUCCGGUGAAUCGCAAGCAUGGUUUGGUUUCGCUGGAACGCCCGGUUACCUCAGUCCGGAAGUUUUGAAGAAAGAGCCUUAUGGGAAACCUGUCGACAUUUGGGCAUGCGGCGUCAUUCUUUACAUCCUUCUCGUUGGUUACCCGCCAUUUUGGGACGACGAUCAGCACCGACUGUACGCUCAAAUAAAGGCAGGCUCCUACGAUUAUCCAAGCCCAGAAUGGGACACCGUCACGCCAGAAGCAAAGAAUCUUAUCAAUCAGAUGUUAACGGUAAAUCCAAGCAAAAGGAUUACCGCGAACGAGGCAUUGAAGCAUCCAUGGAUCUGCCAACGUGAGCGUGUUGCAUCGGUGGUGCAUAGGCAAGAGACUGUGGAUUGCUUGAAAAAAUUCAAUGCAAGACGCAAAUUAAAGGGCGCUAUUUUGACGACGAUGUUGGCGACGCGGAACUUUUCCAGUAAGUAUGAUGCACAGGGUCGAAGCAUCAUCACGAAGAAGGGCGAUGGUUCUCAGGUGAAGGAAUCCACCGAUAGCAGCACAACGAUCGAGGAUGACGAUGUCAAAGAGGAUAAGAAGGGCGGCGUCGACCGGAGCAGCACGGUCAUUGCCAAAGAACCCGAAGGAUCGGGUUCCGGGGGUGGUGUAACACCGAGCAAUCCAGGAGGUGCUCUUUUCUCCUUGGUAGAUAGCACUACGUGCGGUCUCCUCAACAAGCAACCUACUACCAGUCAGGGCCAAGCACAGGCACAAAUUCUAAAUCAGAGCCAAGUUGGUUCGAGUCAAGUGACUGGUCAAGCGACGAGUCAGCCGACGGGUCAGGCUCAAGUACAGCCAACGGCCAGUCCCCUCGGAUUAGCCGCUGUACUCCUUCAGGGAGCGCAAGCUGGCAGCACAGGAAGCGUGGGCAGCGGUUCGAGCAAUUCGAGCGGCAACAGCCAGAACAGUCAAACCGGGGCGUCGCCCUCCUCAACAGCCACGGUUUACCUCAGCAACGCCAACAACGCGCCGACGGGGGUGCCGUCGCGACGCCAUGACUCCUCGGCCACCGAACGAGACGUUCGGCGAGCGGCCGUCUGUGGUGGUGGCCCAGCGCUGAACGCGCAUCAUCCCAUUACGAAUUGCGAUGGCGAGCGCGACGACGCGCGUCGUCAAGAGAUCAUCAAAAUGACGGAACAAUUGAUAGAGAGUAUCAGUACCGGUGACUUCGAGGCUUACACGAAAAUCUGUGAUCCACACUUGACCGCAUUUGAACCAGAGGCUCUAGGUAAUUUAGUCGAGGGAAUGGAUUUCCACAAAUUUUACUUUGAUAAUGCGGUCCUCGGCAAAAACUGCAAGGCCGUCAACACGACGAUCCUGAAUCCACACGUACACUUGCUCGGUGAGGAUGCUGCGUGUAUCGCUUAUGUCAGGCUGACACAAUAUAUGGACAAGCAAGGGGUAGCACACACUCACCAAAGCGAAGAGAGCCGCGUCUGGCACAAGAGGGAUAACAAGUGGCAGAACGUGCAUUUCCAUCGGAGCGCGGUGACGGGGCCAACGUCGUUCUCCUUCAGCCACAAAUAAACCGUCUGAAUAUUAUAUUAGCAUCAUGCCGGAAUGCUGUUGUUCGUCGCUCCGCAACAUACCAACAACGCAACGUCGCAUCAUCCGGAUUAGAAAGAAGCACGAGAGAAGAAAAGAGACAUAUAUAUAUAUAUAUGUAUAUGCACAAACUAUAUACAUAUAUAUAAAUAUAUUUAAGGAGAGAGAGAGAGAGAGAGAGAGAGAGCGAGAGAGAAUAUCAGAGCGCGUUUAUGAGCGGCCAGAGACACGGACAUAGCGCGAUGAUGGAAUGGUUUCAAAAAGAAAAAGAAAAAAAAAACGAAAAGAAAUAAAAUAUAAAAGGGGAGGAAAUGCCGAGAGAAAAAAUCAGCAGGAUAUAAUUAGCGAGAAAUCAGUCAGUUAGUACUAAGCGCGAUAAAAAAAAAAAGAAAAAAAAGAAAAAAGCAUAACAAGAAAGAGUAAAUAAAAACAAAUAAUAAAAUGUCUAAUUUUAUUGUAAGGAAUUCCGCGUGCAUUGCGUCACGUGCCUCAGUCUGAAGAAAACGAACGGAAGAAGAAAUAUAAUAAUAGUCGCUGAAGGUCUCGUCGGAUAAUAACGGAAGCAUCCGAUAAUCCUAUAGGGAAAAUUCCUCAUCGUAUGUUCAAGAAUAACAACAAGAUCCCUACAUAUCUAUCGUCUUCCUUCGCGCUUUCCUCCUGAUGAAUUUUCUUCACCUCUAAAAUGGACAAGCAAUGAAGGAUCAAGAACGUUCGUUCAAUUUUAUCGGUGAAAAAUUUCCAAAGUCUAAUUAAGAGGUAAUUCCGUUAGAAUGUCAGCUAUAAGUCGGACAUUCCUCAUGAUGCAAUGCGAGUCUAAUAAUGUAAUCCGGAAAUAUGAUAUAAGGAAUAAAAAGAAAAAGGAAAGAAAAAAAAAAUGAGAGAGGAAAAAAAUGGAUAGAAAAAAGAAACGAUGUUGCGCGUGAAAUAAGUUAAAAAAAAUGAAAAAAAAAAAAAAAAAAAGAAAGAAAGGAAGAAAAGAAAGAAUGAAGAAAAAAAAAAGAAAAAUAAAGAAGGAAAGAAAGGACAGACGAAGCAGAGACCUUUUGCGGCCGCGGAAUUCGCCGCCGUGUACUAAUUUAGCCAUUGUUAGCCAUUGUACAGAGUAUUUCUUCCAUGUCCAAGCUUUUUCUUCUUCUUUUCCUUAUCGUCUCUUAUAGAUCAACGAACGCGUGCCUCCUCCGUUUCCGAUGCCUUGCAGAUCGAUCUUUCAAAAAAUAUGCUGAACUUUUAUCUUCGCCGAACGCCGAAACGAACGUUCUUACAAACAAUUUUCGAAAUAUCAUGGUGAUACGAGUUCUUCUUCGAGAAGAUCAAAUUACAGUCCGAAUACAUUUAAUAAAUCUGAUACGAAUCGUCUUCCUUAGAAUCACUCGUUGAAAGCGUUUUAAAUGCGAAGAUAUAAAUUAUUUUUUAAAAGAAAAUUCAUCUGCAUCGUGUUACAUAUUCUCUCGAGGGGCACGCGUACCAAUCAAAUAUGAAAGUUUAAAUUAAUAUUGUUAUCUUACCGACGCGAGAAAGCACUUGGCGAUCAAUUUUAAAUGAAACAGAAAAAAAAGACAAAAGAAAAAGAAAAGAAAUGAAAAAAAA